CGAACACCAUGUUUCUGAAGUUGGAAUUAUUGUUGAUACUGCUAAAUAUUUCCCUUCUCUAUUGUGCAAUGACAGCAGUACAACGAUAUGCAAAGAAAUUUAAUCCGAAAAUUAUAAAGGAAGGAGAUCAUUUAAGUCGUCAAUAUCCAAAGUAUCGAAUAGAAGUGACUUCAUCGUAUGGAAUGAACGAAGAAACUAUUCUUUUCAUGGAAGCAGUGGUUGAAGACAACUUUAAUGGAAGAUUUGAAACAGAUGCUCUCAAUAAAAUACAAGAAUUGGUUCAAGGACAUUUGGGUGGAUAUUGGGGUAUUCAAUUCUACGAAGAUCCUUACAUGUUCUUCUCGACAUCUUUCAAAAGAAGUCCAAGUUUUGUUGUUCUUGAUGUCAGUGGAAGUGGAAUCGCAAUUGUCAAAGAAUCUUAGUCUAUAGGAUUUUGUAAAAUUUCUGAUAUUUUGGAUUAUUUUCAGGAUAAUAAAUUGUAAUUUUU